AUUAACAAGCUUCGUUGACUUCCCCAAUGUUUCGGUCGAACCUAAAAAUCCACUUAAACAAAAAUCCUAUCUUCAGAAGGAAAUUAAUGAUUUCAUCAUAUAUCUCCCAAAAAUUCAGUAGCCAACCAAAAACAUGAAGCAAUCUGAUUACACAUAUAACUCACUCCCAAACGAUGUUGCUCUCAAAAUUGCUUCUUCCCUUGAGGUGCCGGAUCUUUCCUCGUUGGGCUGUUGUUCUCGGGUUUGGCGGGAGUUAUGUGGGUCGGAUUGUUUAUGGGAGCUAGUUUUCAAGGAAAGAUGGCCUCUUUUGUAUGAAGAUGUCUUGAAAGACCCCAACUUCAAGGGGUGGAGGGGAUUUUACAUAAAGCAGCACAAGGAGAUGGCGAGUAGGGCUGCAUCUGUUGUUCAAUUUGUGGAACAAUGCUAUUGGAGUCACUCGAGUUUAUUGACUAUGUGAAAGCAACUGAAUCCCUGAGAUUAAUGCCGUUUGGAUUUAAAGAUGUUCAAAUGUUCCUGUUCAAACCAAAGCUGAAUGUUUUGCUUAACCUGUUUGGACUACACUACUGCCUUAACUGCCUUCAAGUGCCGGUAACGUUUCCUUUUAUGCAUUCCUCUUCUGUUCGUUUUGUUUAGAUUGAAAUAGCGUUUUUGCUGUCUCUUUUAUAUGUUAAACCUGGGAAAUUUAAAACCAUCAGCUUGGCAGAAGGAGGGAGAGGAGAUGGAAUAGGCAGGAACUUAGUUAUUAAUGGAUAGUAUAUCAGUAUUGGUUGUUCCAUCUGUUAUAGAAAUUAUGUUUACAGUGGAGACUGUGUAAUAAGGUCUGAAGAAUUCAAUUCUCUAGUAAUUAGUGGAUAGGAAACUUGUUUUAUUUGGUGAUGAAAGCACAAGAUUAAAUAUGAUUACCUGAAAGUAGGCAUGCAUCGAAAAGCCAAACUGGUCUGCUGCUUUUUAGAUAAUGAUCGUCUCUAUGGAUCUACAAAACCGUAUUCUUUUUAUUUGUUUUGCAAUCAAUGUCUUCACCCUUGCAUAUCACACUCCUGCUGUUGGGAUAAUGGGAUAUAUAAAAUGAAUACUUGCAUAUCACACUCCACCAUGGGCCCUUGCAGUUCAAUUGACUCAAACUCGAGCAUGCUUCUCCGAACCUUUGUUGUGCUACAAAUUUGUAUAAACUUAAAAGUAAUUUGUGAAGUACGAUAAAAGGGAACCGACAAUUGUGUUUUGUCCUGAUAAAAGUAUGCAUCAUAAUUUUUUUGUUUAAUGAUUGUAGAAACUGAAUUUUGUUCGAAU